GAGAGGGAUUAACCGAUUGGAAGAGGCGUAACUAACUCCAUACAGGUUGCAGACCGACAUCGGUCAUCACCAACUCACUCACUCGUGAUUUCCUUCCGCCAACUUUUACAAAAUAAAAAUAUCUAUUUACUAACUACAGUAAUAUACACGGAGUAAAAUCUAUGGAAUUCACUACUCUCAACUUUUUUGCAGGCCAAUUUUGACUCAUUUGACCACAACACUCAUCUUCACCGGAUCGCUUAUUUCCAUCCGAUUUUUUAAAAUUUUCUUUUUAUGAAUUUGAUUGAUUAGAGAUCGCUGAUAUUAGGUUUAUGAUCUCGAUUGAUUGAUUAAUUAGGUGAAGGAAAUGAGUUUUUGAUUUAUUAUUAAAUUUGAGGAUUUUUAGAAAGUGAAAUAUUUGUAAGAUGUCGAAUUCGAAAGUAGUGUAUGAGGGAUGGAUGGUGAGAUAUGGAAGGAGGAAGAUCGGGAGGUCGUUUAUUCAUAUGCGCUAUUUCGUGCUCGAGUCGAGGUUGCUUGCUUAUUACAAGAGGAAGCCUCAAGAUAAUGUGGUUCCAAUCCAGACGUUGGUUAUCGAUGGCAAUUGCAGAGUGGAAGACAGAGGCUUAAAAACCCAACAAGGACUUAUGGUGUAUGUUUUGUCUAUCUACAACAAGAAAGAUAAAUAUCAUCGAAUUACGAUGGCGGCUUUUAACAUCCAAGAGGCACUUAUCUGGAAAGAAAAAAUUGAAUCUGUUAUUGAUCAGCAUCAGGAGUCAUUAGUUACUAAUGGGAAUAAGUUCGUGACGUUUGAAUAUAAACCUGGAAUGGAUAGUGGGCGGAACGCAUCCUCAUCAGAUCAGGAGAGUCAGUGUAGUGGUGGCGAAGAUGAGGAUGAUUCAAAUCCAAAUUUGCUUCGAAGAACGACCAUUGGGAAUGGUCCACCUGAAUCUAUACUCGAUUGGACCCAAGAAAGUUCAGCAUUGGCAAGUCAAAAUACCGCUAACCAGGCAAUUUCAAGGAAACAUUGGCGGCUUCUUCAAUGCCAAAAUGGACUUCGUAUCUUUGAAGAGCUGCUUGAAGUUGAUUUUCUUCCAAAGAGCUGUAGUAGGGCUAUGAAGGCUACUGGUGUUGUGGAAGCCACUUGUGAAGAAAUAUUUGAGCUUGUAAUGAGCAUGGAUGGGACACGAUCUGAGUGGGACUGUAGCUUCCAGGAUGGUAGCCUUGUUGAGGAGGUGGAUGGACAUACAGCUAUUCUCUAUCACAGACUCCAACUGGAUUGGUUCCCAACGUUUGUAUGGCCCCGUGACCUUUGCUAUGUGAGGUAUUGGCGCAGAAACGAUGAUGGGAGUUAUGCAGUUGUAUUGUUUUGCUCAAGGGAGCAUGAGAACUGUGGUCCACAACCAGGAUAUGUCCGGGCUCAUAUCGAGAGUGGAGGGUUUAAUAUUUCUCCUUUGAAACCUCGAAAUGGGAAGCCAAGAACACAGGUCCAACAUCUAAUGCAAAUUGAUCUAAAGGGAUGGGGCGUCGGUUAUAUUUCAUCAUUUCAGCAAUAUUGUUUGCUACAAAUGUUAAAUAGUGUUGCUGGUCUAAGGGAAUAUUUUGCUCAGACUGAUGAAAGGACUGUUCCACCAAGAAUUCCUGUUAUGGUUAACAUGUCAUCAUCUUAUGUUCCGAAAAAGAAUGCACUGAAAAACCAGUUGACUCCAUAUCAUAAUCGAGAGCAAUCUCUUGAUAAUGCUGCAAAACUGAUGGAUGAAUACUCAGAUGAUGAUGAAGACUUCCAAAUCCCUGAAGAAGAGGCAUAUCGUGUUGAGCAGGAAUUGAAACGGGAAGCUGUUCAAGAAGAACCUGUGGUUCAAAUCGACUUGUCUUCCUUCUCGGGAAGCCUCCGUCGGGAUGACAAUGAAAGUGCCCGUGAUUGUUGGAGAAUAUCUGAUGGGAACAACUUUAGAGUGCGCAGUAAGCGUUUUUGCUAUGAUAAAUCAAAGAUGCCUGGUGGCAAACACCUUAUGGAUCUGGUUGCUGUUGACUGGUUCAAAGACACAAAACGGAUGGACCAUGUUGCCAGACGACCCGGUUGUGCGGCACAAGUUGCUGCUGAAAAAGGGCAUUUUUCCUUGGUGUUUAAUCUUCAAGUACCCGGUUCCACAAACUACAGCAUGAUUUUCUAUUUUGUGACACCGGAAUUGGUACCCGGAUCUCUUGUGCAGCGUUUUGUUGACGGUGAUGACGAGUUUCGUAAUAGUAGGAUGAAGCUCAUACCAUCAGUUCCCAAGGGAUCCUGGAUAGUACGGCAGAGUGUUGGAAGCACCCCUUGCCUACUGGGAAAAGCAGUUGACUGCAACUAUAUACGUGGUGCCAAUUACUUGGAAGUCGAUGUUGACAUCGGUUCUUCUACUGUAGCCAAUGGUGUAUUGGGACUAGUCAUUGGUGCUAUCACUAGCCUUGUUGUUGACAUGGCUUUCCUUGUACAGGCAAACACUACUGAUGAGUUACCAGAACGGCUAAUAGGCGUUGUUCGUAUUUCUCAUUUAGAGCUAUCAUCUGCUGUUGUACCCAAAUUUGAAUCAGAUCCAUGACAUCUUCAAAAUCAAAGUACAAAUUAAAAAUGUACUUCAAAGUGUUGAUGAAUCUGGCAGCUAACUAGGGUGCAAAAUGGCAAUGUAAACUUGUUACUUUGAAGAUGGGAACAUCAGAAACUGCUAGAUUGACCCGGUCACUGUCAUGUGGCUCAAGACGAAAUUGUAAAUGGUGAUAUUACUUAAAAUUCUUGGUUAUUUGAAUCUGAUCUAAAGGGGUCUUAGACCCUUGUGUAAUUCUUUUAUAAAUCAAUAGUGACCUACAGAUCUAUCUUCAUUGGAAAAAAUAUAGGAAUGCAAAACUUGGAUAGUUGAAAGCUGUGAUGGCUUUUAAAUACUCAAUGGUAAAGGUGAAAACUUGAAACUUAUGAAUGGGUCAGUUUGUUCAUUUUA